AUGCCGCCCAAGAAGCAGACUCAGCCCAAGGAGGCCCCCGUUGCCCUCGGUCCCCAGGUCGCUGAGGGCGAGAACGUCUUCGGCGUCGCCCACAUCUUCGCCUCGUUCAACGACACCUUCGUCCACGUCACCGACCUCUCGGGCAAGGAGACCAUCUCGCGUGUCACCGGCGGCAUGAAGGUCAAGGCUGACCGUGACGAGUCGUCGCCCUACGCUGCCAUGCUUGCUGCCCAGGACGUCGCCGUCAAGUGCAAGGAGGUCGGCAUCACCGCUCUCCACGUCAAGCUCCGCGCUACCGGCGGUACCGGCACCAAGCAGCCCGGCCCCGGUGGCCAGGCCGCUCUCCGCGCCCUCGCCCGUGCCGGUAUGCGCAUCGGCCGCAUCGAGGACGUCACCCCCAUCCCGUCCGACUCGACCCGCCGCAAGGGUGGUCGCCGUGGUCGCCGCCUGUAA